CUUAUAAACACCCAUUCACAAUCUCACUUUACUCUUCAAGUUAAAUCAAAUCUUCAAAAACCCAAUUGAGUUUUCAGUUUUUGUCAUCUGCAUUGUUACUUCAUAAAUUAAGGCAUUUAGAAUGGCAGAAAAGAUGACCAAGUACUCUCCAGUACUUGAGAAGACUAGCUUAGCCUCACUUGAUCAAAAGCUAGCCAUGGCAAAGCGUUGUUCUCAUGAGGGCGUGGUUGCAGGAGCUAAGGCAGCCAUUGUUGCCAGCAUUGCUGCUGCUGUUCCCACUUUGACUAGUGUGAGGAUGCUGCCAUGGGCAAAAGCCCAUCUUAAUCAUACUGCUCAAGCUCUCAUUAUCUCCACGGUGGCUGGAGCAGCAUAUUUCAUUGUAGCAGACAAGACAGUUUUGGCCUCUGCAAGGAGAAACUCCUUUAGGCAAAUCCCUUAGCACUGAAAGCAUAAUUAAUCAUGACAAUAUGGACUUAUUUUAACUUAAUUUGGUUGUAUUUCAUUCCCUACCUCAGAAGCAGUUUACUAGUUUAGUAUGUAAACCCAUCAUCUAUCUAUGUAUCAAUAAAGAUGGUUCAAUAUUUUUCA